ACUUAGUGUUGUCAAGACGAUACAAACAACGCAAAAGGGAGAAUGAUUUCGAAUGUUUGAUUUUACAUAAUAAAUGGUAAAAUGAGGCCAAGAUAUUUUACUCCUAACGAAGUCCUUAUCCACAGUACUUUAAAAGAUAUUUGGGUAUCAUUUUUGGGCAAAGUUUACGACUUGUCAUUAUUAUGUGAAAAAUAUGCAGGAGAUGUUCUUUUGAAACCAAUCAUUGCUGAAGCUGGCAAGGAUAUCACACACUGGUUCGAUAAAAAGUCAAAGGAUAUACGUUCACAUGUAGAUCCUGUAACAGGUUGCACAUUCCCUUAUGCACCACACGGCCGAUUUAUACAUAUUCCUCCAACUUGUCCGAGGACUGAUUGGGCCAAUGACUUUGGUAGACCCUGGUGGAAAGAUGAUUCAUAUUGCAUCGGUAUCCUAUCUGAGAAGACUAGGUUCAUCAAGAUAAUAAAUACACUGACUUCACAAGAGAAUGUGAUAGAGGUUUGUUCUGAAGAAACAAUGGACGAGAUUCAGAACCGUUACUUUACGUGGAAUAAACAUGCCGGUAGCUACACAUGGAAAUACAAUGGUGUGAACCUUGAAAUGAACAAGACGCUGGACGAGAACAAUAUAAAAGAUGAGGACGAAGAUUUCUACACACUUAGUAUGAACGAUGAUGAAUUCCUCCCUGCCAUUCAUCUGUACUUCAAUGAUGACUUAACUGAAGCUUGAGGUUGCUGUUGUACAUUUUGGCUUUUCCAAGAGAAUAAAGCAAAUUUGUUUUCUGAUUAAGACUUAGUUGAAAGCUAUUACCUCAAUGGUUCUUUUGGAUUACUGUACUAGUUUAUACUGUAGUAGUCUGUUCUUGUUCAAUAAAUGCUCCUAUCCUGUGUUUUUUCAGUACAGUAUUCAAAACAUUUUUGUGCAGCGAUGAUAUCAGAAUGUCUUACACAGGCGGUUCUCUUUUCCCGAUAGACGGACCACACCCACAUAUGCUGCACAGUUGCGCAACAAGUCGUGGAACGAAAACUUGUGGGACCCAACUUAAGAACAUUAUGAAUAUUAAGGCUUAAAAAAAAGCUAACCAUAGAAUCAGCUUUUAUUUUUGCACAUGCCAGGGAUCCUGUUAGCUGGGCCCUCAGGCUUUUCACCCCCACCACAAGAACACACAGAUGUGAUUUACUUACACAUGCGGACCCAAUGACCUAGGACAGAAGUACUUCACAUUGCCAUUUAUACAGAUUCUGAAAAAAGGCACUAUAUUAAUAUAUGAAUAAGUAAUAUGACGAUGAUGAUAAUAUACUGUAUUCAUUUAAUUCUACUAUGUACCGUAAUACAAAUGGAAUUUCUAUUUACCAGAAAUAAAUCCAAAUGAAAGAAUAACUUUCCUUAUUUUUUUUUUCAUACAAAUUUAUUAUUUUCAUGAAAUUUGAUUUACAGUGACCACAAUUAUACUUUCUUUAAAAAAAUAUUGAUAACAGAGAUUGAAAUACACUCAGCAUAAAUGCUAUAGUUUAAUACAAAACUUUCCUGUUUUACAGUCUAACAAACAACAGCGAUUUCUGUAGUGCCAAUCAAACUUAACAACUGGCCAAUUAGAACAAGGGCCAAAAAUACAUGUGUUGUCUGACAAACACACAUGUUGGCGUAUGUUUGUACACUGUCAUUAUUUGUGGGAUCUUGGCAGCAAUAACCAAGGGACUAGGCUUAGCAGAACGGUCCAUUCCACUCCUCCUGCUGAAAAUCCUCACAAACACUGGGUGCGCACAGAGCCACUUACUUUUCCUUAAACUAUUUAUAUGGUAUUCUGCCUUUCAUGUUCAAAUUUCUACAACAAAUUUUACUUCUCACAAAAAAACAGACUGUGGUCCUACAGUACCUAAACCCUUUCCCCUCAUUUGUAUUGAUCAUUAUCUUUCUGCUUUCGUGGGUACUAUUGAACCAUUAAUCAGUGACACUACUUUCAUUAGCAUCAUUAGUACAGUACAUAGUGUUGGGGAAAUGUACUGGAAAAACGGGGGAGCCCAUGACCCAGUGCACCACCAGCAUUGCAUACACCCCUGGGGAGAAUUUGGUAUAUGCCAAAACUUUUUUUUCAUAUAAAAUUCAACCCUUACUGUAGGAGCUACAUAAUGGUAGGUGGUAAAAAAAAUCCAAGAAAGUAACAGCAUAACCUAAAGCUUGGAACUCACUGCAUCGUACGACUCUGCUCCCCGUGAUCAACAGAGAACGCAGCGCCGUCUCCUGAUUGUCGGUGGCCGUCUGAACGGAUUGUCAUUAAAAUCGAUCUGUUGCGACCAUUGCACGAGUCUCCUCCUCUGCUCCCCUUGAGCAAUAGAGGACACAGCGCCAUCUGCUUAUUGUUGGUGUCAGUCUGAAUGGAUCGUCAUUAGAAAACAAUCCACUGCGCACUUUUUAGAAUUGCGUCGGCCAAUGACCGCCAGACACGGUGAGUGCUCAGCUUUAGUCUAAUUCUUAAAUUUGGAACCUUUAAGUGAUUCUGAGAUCUGAGGCAAUCAAUAACACCUGAACACUUCUAAAUUAGCUAUAAAAGAACUAGCAAAUAUAGUAGGUAUACAAAUGUUUCAUUUCGAUUUGAACACAAUUAUAUAUCACAUCAAGCCGCAAUAGUGCAUUGCAAUAAUAGUUAGCAUGCUCACUAGAUCAAAGGAAGAGAUGCAAAGGUUGUGUGCGCAAAUUGUUUCAGGGAAAUUACCUCAAAAACAUAAAAAGGGAAAAAAGUCUUGUGUAAACCAAGCAUGCAGGGGCGGCUUUAGGAUAUAAUUUAUGGGGGGCUAAGAUGUCCGACUGGGGUUAAGUAUUUAUGGGUGUAGCUAUAGCGCGCAGCGUUAUCUGAGGGCCAAAGGCCCCAGCCAGGGGUGGGUAUGCCCUCCUCACAAAACAAGAUUUUU